AUGACCAGUUUGCAGAAACUCAGGAAACUUCACUUUUCCCAAGUUAUUUCCUCGGCGCGUGCCGCAAACAACUUCAGAUCAUCAAAGCACGAUCUUUGUCCGAGCGGGCCGUACCAAAUUCUCCAAUUCUUUAGGUUACUCGCAACAGAAACGGCUGCGUGUUCGAAAAAUGGCGGCGGUACUUGCAAGCUUGCGAAGCGAACUAAUGGAGUGAGAAAACAGGCUCAAAAUGCUCUGUUGGAUUACCUGUAUUCGACCCGGAGCCUCCGGUUCAUGGAUGCCGAGAACAUGAGUAAAAACAGCCCGGAGUUUAUGGACCGGCUAUUGAACAGCGCAAACGUGGAGGAUGGCGAUGACCCAAAGCUUCUAGCUUUUCAGGACUUGGGGUUGAAACAAUCUCUUGUCAUCAAGAUAAUUGCCUCGAGCCCUUAUCUCUUGAGAGGAGGUCUCGAUCGUGAUUUUAUCCAGCUUUUGGAGACAUUAAUAAAGGUUUUAGGGAUUGACUACAGGUGGCUGGAGGAGCAUAUAUCGGGAGUGUAUUCUUGUGAUUGGACAUGUAUGCUUGAGCUUGUGCAUUUCUUGAUGGAAUUGGGGUUGAAUGCGGAUGAAUUAGGAGGCAUAAUUAGACGUAAACCGGAAAUUUUACUCGAGUUGUCCGGGUGCACUACUUUUCGCUUUAUUGGGUUUUUGUUAAAAUUCGGGCUCACUAAGAGCGACCUGCAGUUAGUUUUUCUUCAGUUCCCGUCUGUCUCGGUUAGAAGAUUCUCCAGUAAUUUGCACAGGUGCUAUAAAUUCCUGGCAGAGAUAAAAAUGUCGGCCCAAGAUAUCGGUGGCAUUUUCCGUUCUCACCCGGUGCUUCUCGGCUCGUGCGAAGUCAAACAGGUCAGCAGCUUGCUCUGCAUAUUGAACUGUGGAGUGAAGAAACUGUGUCAAAUGGUGAAGGAAGAUCCUCACGUAUUGAAAAAAUGGCUUCUUCGGUUGUGGACCGACCCAGUAAGAGGCCCAAGCAGGGUACUAAAAGUGAGAAGCAUGAAAAUUCAGUUCCUUUCGAGUUUGGGCUUUGUUGAGAAUUCGAAAGAAAUGGAACGGGCCCUUAAAGCCUUCCGUGGGAAGGCAACUGAACUCCAAGAGAGAUUUGAUUGUUUGGUGAGCACGGGCUUGAGUCGAGAGGAAGUCAUAGCCAUGCUAAAAGUGGCCCCACAGAUUCUGAACCAGUCCAAGGAUGUAAUUAUGACGAAAAUUGGGUUUGUCGUGAGGGAUAUGGGCUGUCCUUUGUCUGAUUUGGUUACUCAUCCGGCAACCCUUUCGUACACGAUGGAGAGGGUCAAGCUCAGGCUUUUGACUUAUGAAUGGCUCAAAGAAGAAGGGUCCGUUUAUCCGAAUCUGGCUCUGGGCACCAUCUUGGCGUGCACGGAGGAAAUAUUUGUGAGGACUUAUGUAAAUAGUCAUCCUAGAGGAAAUGAAUAUUGGGAAAAUAUGAAGAAGGAAAUAUUAUGCAAGUGAAUCAAGACUCAUCUUCUUUUGUGUAUGUUCACUUCAUUCAACCUCUCAGGUACAUUAGAGUGAGUGUUUCUGCAAAGCAGCAAAGUCUGUGUUUAAAUUAUUAUUAAUUAAAUGGGCCGUGUGGAGUGUUGAUACACGUCGUUAUUCAAGAUUGAUUCUAUGUCCAUGGUUUUGAGGACCCGAGAGCCCAACAACUAAAGGACAGCAUAUGGCCCAGUGGAUAUUUUGAAUUAAGCCUUUUUGACAAGGUCCAAAUCAUAUCUUGUGGAGGCGCAGCCGCAGGCAGCUGCUUAACGUGUGGUCCCGACCUCUAUAUAUUUCAAAUUCUUUUUCAAUCCGAAAAAAAGAAAAUAUUAAAUAAAACGCUAUUCAUAUGACUGUUAGCUGUGCUGAUCAUAAGUCAUAACGAGAUUCAUCUCUAUCACCAGCUACAGAAGAUGUAUACGCGUUGAUUGUUAUUCAUUUUUUUAAUUUUUAGAGCAUUUUUUUUACUCAAAUCUUCUCAUUUUGCUUAAUGGUGUUAUUUCUCAUUUUGCA